AUGAAAGUUAAAAGGGACGUGGCCACAAUGAAGAGAUUCAUGGCCCUUGAUGAUGGUGAUGAUAUGGUUGUUGAUGACACUCCACCAAAUUCUACAGGUGAUAACCAUCCUCCAUCUCAACCCCCAUUAAUAAAUAUUCCUCCACCAUCUCAUUUAAGAACUCAUUCUCCUCCUCCUAACUCUCCUCCCCAAUCUGAUGCUGCCAAAAAGGGGGGUAAACCUAAAGUUGAGCUUCUAAUGCAGAUUGUUGUUGCUGAAAUUCCAAAUAUUGAUGCUGCAACUGAUCAGCCCAUUCUAGACACCGGUGACCAAUCAGAAACCAAUAACUAUGAAGGGUUUCUGGACCUUGGUUUCAUCUAA